UUUUCCUAUUUUUUAUAAUGUCGCUGAGAAGACGUUGGUUUGAAUUUAAGAGGAUUAUUAACAAACAACCUCUUUCUCUUUUAAUAUUUUUGAUCUCUGUUAUUGGCUUUAUUUUUUUCAUCAGUUCUGGAAAUAAUAAACUUGAUUCUUUGAAUAAUGGAGAGAAGGAUUUUCAAAAGAUAAACAAAAAAGUCCAUCAAAAAUCUAUUUCGGACGAGAAAUAUUCAGAAAAUUCUGGAGAACUGCCAGGAAGUCGUGAUCCCGAUACAAUUUUUAAGGAUGGAAUUAUUGGAAAUUUUGAACAAAUUCCUGUCGUUUUUCCACCGGAUGAUGUUAAUGCUCCAGGAGAAGAGGGAAAACCAAUUAUGACAGAUUUAAAUUCUCCAGAAGUCCAAAAAGCAAUUUCUGAAUUUGGAUUUAACACAUUUGCUAGUGAUAAAACAAGAUUGAAUAGAUCAAUUCCUGAUGUUCGUAUUGAAGAAUGUAAAUAUUGGCAUUAUCCGGAAGAUUUGCCUAGUGCUUCUGUUGUCAUUGCUUUUCACAAUGAAGGCUGGUCCCCAUUACUUCGAACUGUUCAUUCUGUCUUAUUGCGUAGUCCCGCUCAUUUAUUAAAAGAAGUAAUUUUGGUUGAUGAUGCUAGUGAUAAAGAACAUUUAAAAACAAAAUUAGAUGAAUAUAUUAAACAAUUUAAUGGAAAAGUUAUUUUGGUAAGAAAUAAAGAACGUGAAGGUUUAAUUAAUACACGAACAAUUGGGGCAAAAGCAUCUUCUGCCGAUGUUGUUAUCUUUUUGGAUGCACAUUGUGAAGUUAAUAGAAAUUGGUUACCUCCUUUGUUGGCACCAAUUAGAAAAAAUAGAAAAGUUAUGACAGUUCCAGUUAUUGAUGGUAUUGAUAUGAAUACAUGGGAAUAUAAACGUGUUUAUGGAGAAGCAAAUAGACAUUUUCGUGGAAUUUUUGAAUGGGGAUUGUUAUAUAAAGAAACUGCUUUGCCUGACAGAGAAAAGAAGCAUCGACAAAAAGAUAGUGAACCUUUUAGAUCUCCAACACAUGCUGGAGGGCUUUUUGCAAUAGACAAAAAAUGGUUUGAAAAGCUUGGAUAUUAUGAUCCUGGAUUACAAAUUUGGGGUGGAGAGCAAUAUGAAUUGUCUUUUAAGAUUUGGCAAUGUGGAGGCGGAAUUCUUUUUGUACCAUGUUCUCAUGUGGGGCAUGUUUACAGACACCAUAUGCCUUAUAAUUUUGGUAAAUUAUCUGGAAAACCUGUUAUUUCUACUAAUCUGCUUCGCGUAAUAAAAACUUGGAUGGAUGAUUAUGGAAAAUAUUAUUUUAUUAGAGAACCAAAUGCCUUGUAUCGUCAACCUGGUGAUAUUUCUAAACAACUUGCUUUACGAGAACAAUUAAAAUGUAAAUCUUUUCAAUGGUUUAUGGAUAAUGUUGCUUAUGAUGUUUUUAAUGAUUUUCCUUUACCCCCACCGAAUGAUGUUUGGGGCGAAGCUAAAAAUCAUGCAUCAGAUAAGUGUAUUGAUACAAUGGGAAAAGGAAGUUCUGGAGUAAUUGGUGCUACACCAUGUCAUGGUUAUGGAGGGAAUCAACUUGUAAAAUUAAAUACAAAAGGACAAAUGACACAAGGAGAGUGGUGUUUAACACCUUCAAGUGGUUGGGGAGGACGAAUACAUAGUGGUUACUGCCCAAAGGGAAAAGUGGAUGGACCUUUUAGUUAUAAUAGGGAAACAAAACAAAUUCGUGUUGCAAGUUCUGAUUCUUGUUUAACAGCCGAUAAAGAAAAGGAUUCUAGUUUACUUAUUUUACGAAAAUGUGAUUCUGCUAAUGCUUAUCAAAAAUGGGAAUGGACAGAAAAAUAUUCUUAA